AUGGCGACCCCGCGAGGUCCUGCACCCCCUGCACAGACCCCUCGGGGCCCCACAGGGGCAGCAGCCGCAGCUGCUUCUGCUGCUGUUGUGCUGUCGCAGCCCUGCAGCCCAGGCAGCCGCAAGGCAGGCCUUAGAGCUGUGCCUCACGCAUUGCAGAAGGUCACGCCCUGCAGCAGCAGAAACAGCAACAGCAGCAUUUCUACUGCCUGCGACACCAGCAGCAGCGGCGCCAACACUACAUGCGACAGCAGCAGCAGAACGGCCUCUGCUGGCAGUGCCAGCAGCAGCAACAACACUCAGGCGGAUGCAGCAGCCAAGAACAAAGCCGCACCCUCUCCUUGGGCGUGCGUAAAGCACCAGCAACAAGAAAGGCAGCAGCAGCAGCAACAGCAGCUGGGAGGCCGUAGACCCGCAGCGUCGCAGUGUGGCUGCAGCGACUCAUCGGAACCAUCUGCCCCCGACUGUGCAACAGCAGCAGCUGCUGCAGAGGCGAAUUUGCGUAGUCUUUCCGCUGCACCAGCAGGGGCGUCGCCUAAUCCAGCAGAUGCAGCAUGCGGUUGCCCAGGGGCCAAUUUCUGCUGCACACCAAGCGGCUCAGCAGCAGUGCUAGCGGAUGGGAGAUCAGCAGGUGCAGAUGCUGCAGCAGCGGCCGGUGCUGCAGCAGCAGCGGGUGCUGCAGCAUCAGCUGCAGCUGCGGGGUCUCUGAAGGUUCGUGCUGCAGUGACAGCCAGCAAGCGGCAGCAUCCGCCCGUUCUGCCGUCUCUGCUACGACGCACUGCAGCCCCUGCACUGUCCCUCAAAAUGGAGCGUUCCGCUGCAGCAGCACCAGGUGCAGCGGCAGUAGCUGCUGCUGCAUCUGGAGAUGCUGCUUCGGGGACAACAGCAGCAGCUCCCGCUGCAGGUUGUGGUCGAGGCCUGUGGUUGAGCAUGCAACAGCAGCAGCAGCAAGCAGCAGCAUGUCUGCACGCUGCAGGGCUGAUGCUGGGAGUGCAGCCAUCCGCUCAAGCAGCAGCAGCAGCAGCGGCUGCUGCUGCUGCUGUUGCUGCAGCUUCCUGUGCCUCCAGGGACUCAGGCCUGCACCCAACAGUAGAGUCAAGCCGCAUGACCCACGUAGGAACAAGUGUGGGACAAGCGCUCCAGCAGCAGCAGGAGCAGAUAGCUGUACCAGGCAGCAGUAGCAACACGAACAGCACUGGUCUGUCAGCGGCUACGGCGCCUGCAGCUGGUCCCUGUGCUACUGCUUUUCCUGCUGCUCAAGAGCCAGCUUAUCGCCUUUUUGCUUCCCUGCGCAUUCGCUCUGCGGCAGCCGUUGAUGCGGAAGCAGCAGCGGCAGCUGCUGCAGCAGCUGCUGCAGAUCCCCACAGUCUUGUCGCUUGCGCGACGCCUUGUGAGUCAACUCCAGAUGCAGUAAAAGCACAAGCAGGAUCAGCAACAACAACAGCACCAGCAGGCAGCGGGUGUGUAAAGAUGUGUCGGCUGCAAGCGUCUGCGGGUGUAGGUCGUGCAAGUCCUCCCACUGCAGAACUAUGCAGCUCUAUCAGCAUAGCAGUACCAGCAGAAGAAGCAACAGCAGCAGCUAGUGCAGCAGCAGGAGAGCAGGUAUGUAGCCGCUGCUUGGCUGGGCUGGAGGUAUAUCCCGCAGUGCAUGGACUCUGUUUCUUGCCUAGGGGUGCUGUCGUUGUUUGGAGAGGCCGGCGGUUCCUUCUUAAUAUCGACGCCUGGCUAGCUGCUGCGAGCAGUAGCUGCAACGACAGCAGCAGCGACAGCAACGGCAAUGGCAGAGGCGGCAGCAGCAGAAGCAACGCGAACAGCUGCGCAUCUUCACAGGAACCGCAGGGGGAUGCCGCACGUGCUGUUAUGUCUUGCGGGGUUGCUACAGCAACAGCGGGCGGACAGCAGCAGACUGGGGGAGACCGUGGGCCGGUGGGAACGUGCUGCUGCUGUCCACUAGUCAAGCUGCGGCAGGGUGUGUCCAGAAGCAGCAACGGAGGCAACAGCAGCAGCAGCGACAGACGAGGCGAAAGACAGACGCAUGCAGGUCACCGCAAGUGCCUCGGAUUUCCGGCUGCUGAUGCGUCAGUGGACAGCUGCGGCAGCAGCAGCAGAACCCGAAGCAGCAGCAGCGACGAGUGCUCGCCGCGGAGCAGCAACAGCGGCGGCAGCAAUGCUGAAGGCAGACCCUUCGUAUCCUCCACAUGUGGCGUUUCGGAAGACACGAGUGACCCUGGUUCGACUAACGGCAGCACUGGAGGUAGCAGGAGCAGCAGGUUGUGUAUGUCUUGCAGGUCUAGCUGCGCUGCAGACCCCCCUACUUGCUUGUUCGCUGCUGGGGUGGCUAUCCGUUGCUUCUCUCUGUCAUUUUACGGCUCUGCUGCUGCAGCACGAGAAGCAGCAGUCCGUCACCUGGUGCAGCAGCAGGGCAGCAUUUGCUUCGUUGUCAGGCAGCAGCAGCAGGAGCUGCAGCGACUGCUGCAACCGUCGGCCAUAAGCUAUGAAGAGCACAUUGCAAUGCAGCAGCAGCAGCAACAGCAACAGCAACAACAGCAGCAGCUGCAGCACCAAAUAUUGAAGAAACCGGAGACGUACGUCUUGAGGUUGCAACAGCAGCAGCAGCAGGACGUGCCACUCCGCCACAGACCGCUUCUUCAAGGAACAGAGCGGAAUCCGCCGGUCUUGCGGCCCCGGAGGUCCCUGCAGCAGCAGGAGCACCCGGAGCGGGCUGACAGACCUAAGAGGCAGCUUCCUCCACGCCUUAAAGACCCUGAAGGUUCUGGCGCCAUCUCUGCUGCAGAGAGCAGCGCGAGCUGCACCUCAACGCCAGCAGCAGGAAGAGCUGCAGCUAGCUCAGUAGACAGCGUCGACUCAGCGGGGCCAGCGUCCCCCGUGCCGGCAGGAGCAGCAGCAGCAGCAGCAGUGUCUCCAAGUUCUUCUUUCCUCAGCAGCAGCAGCAGCAAGGUUCACAGGACGCCUCUGUCACGCCCGCUGAAGCUGUCGGGAGUAAUUCCGCGUCUGGAGCAGUUGCCGGUGUGUGAAGGUGAAGAGGGAGCAGCAGCAGCAGCAGCAGCAGCGGCGGCGGCAGCAACAGCACCUGGCGCGUACCGCGUCGGCGACUUCUUGCAGGGGCUGCUGGCUUGUCCUUCAGGCAACAGCUCGAAACAGCAGCAGCAGCAGCUCCUACGGAGCAGCAGAAAGCGGAAGGCAGUUCCUGCUGCUGCGGCGGAUGGCUCUGGCAGUUCUUGGGGGGGUGGCCCCCGGAGCUUCCACAGAAUCAGCAGCAGCAGCAGCAGCAGCAGCAGCAACGGUUGCGUAUUCAGCAGCCUGAGUCGGGUAUUGAUGGAGAGAGAGGUGACCCGGGAGGGGCGUUUGCUACUGCGGAACGCUUUGCUGUCUGGCUGUCUUGUGCCUCCGGGGGAGGAGUUUGCAAUCUCUUCUUUAGAUGACAUCGAAGCACUCCCGGCAGCGGACCCAUUUUCACACAAGCUCCAGCGGAGCCAGCUGAUGGAUGUUGCCACUACCCGGCAGCUGCUGGCUGCCAGGCGCUUUGUUUAUUUGCUGUCUCCUUAUGCAGAGUCCAGGACGUUUGCUGCUGCAGCAGGCGCAGGAGGCCACGCUGCUGCCGCUGCUGCGGCUGUUGCCGUUGCCAAGCCUCCCCCCACACCACCGACUACCAGGCAGCAGCUUGCCAGCGCCGCCACCACCACCACCACCAACAGCAGCAGCAAUUGCAUUAGCAGCCACAGCAUUAGCAGCAACAACAGCAUUACCAACGGCAGCAUUGGCAACAGCAGCAUCAGCAACUGCAGCAGCAGCGUCAGCAACGGCAGCAUCAGCAACAACUGCAGCAGCAACAGCAGCAGCAUCAACAGCAUUAGGAGCAACAGCAGUAGCGGCAAUUGCAGCAGCAGCAACAGCAGCAACAGCAACAGCAUUAGCAGCAAUAGCACCAACAGCAGCAGCAGCAGCAACAGCGGCAACAGCAGCAGCAACAGUAGCAGCAGCAACGCCAUUAACAGCAACGGCAACAGCGGUAACAGAAGCAGCAGUAACAACAGCAACAGCAACAGCAACAGCAAUAGCAACAGCGGCAACAGCAAGGAGCUGCAUGCAAUUUGUGCUGUCGGCCCCACGUCCGAAGGAUUGCGCGCUGCGUCAAGCAGUAGCAGCAGCUGCAGCAGCGGCAACAGCAGAGCAGAGUCCCAACAGCUGCAGAACCUUGUUUCGCAGCAGCAGCUGGCGUUGGCUGCUCAGCAGCAACAGCUGGCGUCCGCUCAGCAGCAGCAACUUGUUCUUCAGUACCUCAUUCGCAAGCGACACGAGCAGCAUCAACACCCACAGCAACAGCAACAGCAGCAGCAGCAGCCGCAACUCCAUUCAACGGCAAUAGCCACAGAUUCAGCGGCUGCUGGAGUGACCCUUGGUGGAGCAGAGCAGCAGUUGCACCCGCAGCUGCUACACCAGCAACGGGUGAAACAGUGGCAGCAGCUGUGGCAGCAGCAGCUACUGCAACGACUUCAGCAGCAACAAACGGCUCCCCAAGGCGUCGCGCCCACUGCAGCGCAACAGGCCCUGCUGCAGCAGCAGCAGUCUCAAGGGGUUGCUGCACUUUGGCUGCAGCGCCCUCAGUGGCGCCUUCCCUUCUGGCCUUUGCUGCCACAGCAGCAACAGCAGCAACAGCAGCAACAAACACAGCAGCAACAGCAAAGACAACAACAACAACAACAGCAGCAACAGCAACAUCACCAAAAUGGACAAGCUAAAGCGGAAGCGGGUCCACACGAAGAAGAAACGAAACAGCCCUCUCUCUCAGCUGCUGGAGGGAAGCCCACAGCAGAAGCAGCCACACGUGAUACUGUUGGUGCUGCUACUGCUGCAAAGGCUCCCUUCCUAAAGGGACGAGGCGAGGACGCCUGUAGUCGUAGCACCGGAAACAACAGCAACAGUAGCGACAACAACGGCAGCAGGAGCAGUGGCAGCAGCGGGAGCAACGCUAGCGGCAGCAGCAGUACCAGCGGUAGCAGCAAGACCACCGGGGGCUGCCGGGCAAGUCUGCUGCCACCUGGGUACGGUGAGCUGCCACAGCUGGAGGCCCUGGUGGACGCAGCAGUGCUGCUGAGCAGACACUUCAAGCCCAACCCAGAACCUCACCUAGAAGCAGGUGCUCGUCUUGACAGCAGGCGGCCGCUGCACUGCGUGUGGCUGGACGAGCGGAGGCAGCCGCAGUGGCGUUGUAGGUGGACAGCCUCAGCAGGUCGCCGCUUUAGUAGAACGUUUUCUGUCAAUCUCUUCGGAUAUGAGUCGGCAAAGCGCUUGGCUGUGUGGUCGAAGCUCCUUGUGUCGACACCGCAUCAACGACGGGCGUGUCUUCAGGAGCUCUGGGAUUCAGUGCAGCAGCAAGUGCGACAUCCGCUGCCGCAUGAAGUAGCAGCGCUACUGAAGCACGGGAAGGUGAAGCCAGAAGUCUGCUGCUUCGAGCUGAGGCCCCCGGCGCUGCUGCGCCACCAGCAGCAGCUGCUGCUGCCACACCAUUUCUCGCAUGGCAAAUCCCAGGACCAGCAAAAUCAGCAGCAACGAAACCACCUACAGCAGCAGCGUCACCAACAACAGCAGCGCCACCAUCAACAACAGCAAGAGGAACAACCGCGCGGCUCGCAGACUCCCACGGUGUCCUCCUCUGUCACUGGGUCCUCUAGUGGCAGAGAGCGACGCCAGCAGCAGCUGCAAGAUAAGCAGCAGCAGCAACAGCAACACGAAGACGAUGUAGGAGGUUCGCCAAGGCUUGAGAAAGAGCGGCGUUCUGCUGCUGCUACCGCCGGUACUGUGAGUGCUGCUGCUGUUGCUACCGCCGGUACUGUGAGUGCUGCUGCUGCUGCAGCUACUUCCGAUCCGGGGUCCCCUUGUAAUCCUCAGCAGCGCCGCAACGCUGCUGUUCCCGCUGCUGGGACUACCGCUGCUGGGGCAUCAGUCACUAAGGCAAGCGAAAGAUAUGACAAGACGUCAGCAGAUGGGGGCGGCUGUUUCCGAAGUGCUGAACCCGAAGCAACAGGGACAGCAGCAACAACGCCAGCAACAACAGUAGAAGGGGCAGCAGGAGCAGAGGGGCCUUCAGCAGCAACUUUUGCGGUGAGGCGGAGAGGGCUGCGUCAGCGGGGAACGGAGAAAGAAGACGCGAUCGCGAAAGGUGAGGCUGUUCUAUCAACGGCCGCUUUGAGUGCUGCUGCAGCGACUGCUGCAGCGACUGCUGCAGCAGCUGUUGCUGCAUCGGCAGCUGCUGUUCCAGCAGUGGCUGCUGAUGCUCCGAGAGGACCCAGCAGUGCAGGAGCAAAAUCUGCAGGGGCUUCGCCGUUUGUUGCAGCAGCUACUGCAGUUUAUCCCUGCCACAGCAGCCGCAGCGGCGGUGGAGGCCGAUCAGGUGCAGCAACAACCAGAGCAGCUGCAGCAGCUGCUGCUGUUGCUGCUGCAGGCGAAGGAUCGCCUGCGUCUGCUGCUUCAGUAGAGAGCAGCACCAGUAGCAGCUCCUUGAAGAGAAAGCCGCAUCGUACGGAAGGUGAUGAAACGGCGUAUGGUGGUGCUGCUGCGGUUCCUUCUGCUGCACCCCCGGGGGUUUGUACAGAGACGGAGACUGGAAGGCUGAAGGGAACGAUGCUGCUCAGAUUCCGCAACGCACGCCAGCAGCAGCAGCAGCAACAGCAGCAGCAGCAACAUGUGAAGCGUCGCCAUGUAGACUCGGGCUCAGGUGAGUCCAGCAGCGAAGGAGACGAGACAAGCAAUGCUGCUGCGUCAGGGCGCCGGAGUUGCAACGGCAACGGCAGUAGCAGCAGCUGCAGCGGCAAGCUGUUCUUUCGUCGGAUCGCUGCGGGAACUGACAGCGCCCGAUUGCUGCAGGGAAACAGCACACAAGAGGAGGACUCCACUAGCGACAGGGAAGAACUCGCUUCUGGGGCUGCUGCCCUCAGAGCACUCAGCCGCAGCAGCAACAAUGCACAGAGAAGCAGCAACGGAAGCUACAGUUACAGCAGCAGCAAGUCUCCCCGUGAAGUGCGACGGGGGCGCCGAAAGGCUGCAGCUGAUUCUAGCAACAGAUGCAGCAGCAACAGCAGCAGCAGCAGCAGCCUCUCAUCGCUCUCUGUUACCCACGAAGCCCCCGGCAGUACGCCAAGGGCUGCAGUAUCCACAGUGUACAUGUCGCUAAGGCCUAGGGCAGCAGCGGCGGCAAACGCAGCAGCUUCAGGCAGCAGUGGUAGCAGCAGCUUGAUGUUCCAGCAGCAGUCGCUGCAGCAGCAGCAGCGGACAGCGGGUAAGAGAAAUGGCACGUCAGAAGACGCCCAAAAGCCGCCUCCGCUUCCUGCAGCAGCAGCAGCAGCAGCAGAAACACCAGCUGCAGCAAGAGCUGCAUCUCCAGUUGCACUACCAGCUAUAGCAAGAACUGCAGCACGAGCUGUAGCAGCAGUCGCUCAAAGGUCGCGGCAAAACACUGUGAAUUUCAACAGCGGCAGCAGCAGCAGCAGCAAAAGUAGCCUUAAACAGCGCCCCAUCCUUCGAUCCCUGCGGUCUGUGGCGACAAGAGCAUCCGGGGCUGCAGCCGCCCUUCAGGCCUCCCCGCGACGAGUUUCUCCAGCGGCUGCAAGAGCAGCAACAGGAACAACGCAUGCAUGUGCGCUGGAGUAG